AUGACUCCAGUGACUUCCAGGUUUGAACAUGGUCCUCUUAAGAGAUCCAAAAUUUAUAUGAAGUACGAAUUGGGAAUUUCCCAGCGGCGUAUCGCUUUUGAGGAGGGAGUGCCACUAGGGUCUGUUUCUGGCAUCAUUCGACGCUACCAUAAACAAAAAAAUGCCUCCAGUUGUGCAAGGUCAGGACGACCACCAAAGCUUUCCGAUAGGGAUAAAAGGGCCAUUUUCAGAGUCAUAGCGGAAAAACGCCUCAAAUUUGGGAGAAUGUAUAAAGAUGAGCCAGAAAGCUUUUGGAAGCGUUGGAUUUUAAGUGAUGAGUCUACAAUUGCUCGUGGUGAUGGUGAAAAGCAGGAGUGGAUUUUUUGCCCAAAAGGACAGCGAUUAGAUAUUCAAUAUGUACAACCAAAAGGCAAACCCUCACGUCAUUCUCAAAUGUUCUGGGGUGCUAUAUCCUUUUCUUCUCGAUCGUCUUUAUGGUCGCUUCAUGGAGACCCUGAAUCUGCUCGCGGAGGUGUUACUAGCCGCUGUAUUCUCGAAUGCCUCCAAGACCAACUUCCAAAAAUUGCAAGGCCAGGUUCUAUAUUUGCUCAAGAUAACGCACCUACACAUAAAGCUCGAAUAGUUCAGAAUUGGCUGCGUGAGUGGGCCGGACAGAAUGGGGUUACUUUAGUGGACUGGCCGCCUUAUUCACCUGAUCUUAAUCCAAUUGAGAAUAUAUGGAAACUGCUUAAGGAAAAGAUCUGUAAAAGAUUUCCAGAACUAUCACUAUUACCAAAGAAUAAUCAAUCAUUAAAUAUGUUACGCGAUGCAGCUGUGGAAGUCUGGGAGGAUUUCCAUCAGGACCUCAUAAAUAAGCUAGUCUUAUCAAUCCCCCGAAGACUUCAAGCUGUAGUAGACGCAAACGGCUGGUAUACGAAAUAUUAA